AUGUUCGUCAAGAAGGCACUCCUCGGCCUCGCCAUGGCGAUGGCACCUACCGCAGUCCUUGGCCUCGACGACUUCUGGCUGGGAUCCUAUUCUGGUGAAGGCCUCGCUGGUACCUGGGGAAACCCUGGGUCGCUUGGUAUGUGUUACUAUACCAUUGUCGGCAAGGGCGUGAACCAGUGUGACGCAACCCGACUGAAUCCAUCCGAUGGAUCUGGCGGCUGCCCUGGCCAGAACGGCCACAUGCCCAAUUUCUGUCAUAUGGCUAUUGCUGGUGGUGGCGUACCUAAUGGCUAUGAGCUUGAUCGCAAUGGGGGUGACUGCCCCAUGGAUAAUUCCCGCUCCGAUGGAACAUGGUACGCCGACGUGGUCGACACCAACAAUGGCAACGCAAAGGUUGGCCGUUGUGUUUAUGAGUUCUGGAAAGGCCCCAACUGCGCUUCAACCGGCAGCUUCCUCACUGAGACCUUUGUUCACUGCUACCAGGACUAA